CCACAGCAACCGUGACGUCAGUAUUCUGACCAAUCACUGACGUCCCCUCAAGUCUCAUUAAGAGCUCUCGUCUGUUAUCGCGUGAUCUUCGGUGAGGCCCACCAACACAAACGUAAACAUACAUCCAUGAUGAGUUAUUCAGAAAAGCCUGUGGAUAUUACCAAGGAGGAAUGGAUGGAUAAACUGAAUAAUGUGCACUUUCAGAGGGCAGAUAUGAACAGGCUUAUAAUGAACUAUCUAGUAACAGAGGGAUUUAAAGAAGCUGCAGAGAAGUUUCGUAUGGAAUCUGGAAUUGAGCCGAACGUGGAUCUGGACUCUCUGGAUGAGAGGAUAAAGAUCAGGGAAAUGGUUCUUAAAGGUCAGAUCCAGGAAGCCAUUGCUCUCAUUAACAGCCUCCACCCAGACCUCCUCGACUCCAAUCGAUACCUAUACUUUCACCUUCAGCAGCAGCAUCUGAUUGAGCUCAUCCGUCUGCGGGAGACUGAGGCAGCGCUGGAGUUUGCACAGUCACAGCUGGCUGAACAGGGAGAGGAGAGCAGAGAAUGUCUUACUGAGAUGGAGCGAACCCUGGCACUGCUCGCCUUUGACAACCCUGAAGAAUCGCCAUUUGGAGACCUGCUCAACAUGAUGCAGAGGCAGAAGGUGUGGAGCGAGGUGAACCAGGCUGUUCUAGACUAUGAGAACAGGGAAUCUACCCCAAAAAUAGCAAAGGUGCUGAAGCUUUUACUGUGGGCUCAAAACGAACUGGACCAGAAAAAAGUGAAAUACUCCAGAAUGACAGACCUCAGCAAAGGCACCAUUGAGGACCCCAAGUAGAGACUGUAAUCCACAUGAACACAUUUUAAUUUUUGUCUUAUUUAUGAACAGUCAGUGACUGGAUAGCAAAUAUAAAUCUAUAUAUGAUGUUUUUUCUUGAUGCCUCUAUGAAAAAAAAGGUAAAUUGAUCAACAGUAUAUAAGUUUAUUUCAAAACUAUACUGAUUGAAAACCCUUAAACCUAAAUUUUUACUUUAAUCUACCAUUUACUAUGCUGGUAGCCUAUUUUCUGAAGAACAUUAAAUAUUACUAUGGUACUGUUUUUGCUCAUUUUCAGUCUGUUAUAUCAUGUGUUUUGUGAUUUUAUUUUAUUUGAAACUUGAAUAUUCCAACUUCUUCACUGGUUUCACAUACAGUAGUAUGUCCUUAUGCUUGUAUUAAGUUGUUUUUAGGGAAAUAUCAGCUCCUGGAUGGGAAGAAAAAGACUGAUGGAUUAUAACUACCUUUAUCAUUAUGAGAAGCUACAGAUGCUGAUAAUGUGGAUUAAACAAUGUUUAGCCCUUUCUUAUAAGAGCUAUUUUAAUUACAAAACCUAUAUUGUCAUUACAGACCUAAGGCUUUGUUUAGGAUUUUUGUCUAAUUUUUUGCUUACAUUUUGUAUUGCUUGUUUGGGAUAAAGUUGAUUUCACAGUA